UAACCACUAAGGUUUGGUGUUUAUUUUCUGCAUGUUCCAUUGCAAGAUCUUGCCUUUCUCCUUCUUCUCUGUGCGACUUGUUCCGUCUUCAACCUCUGCCCCUUUUUCUCGAAGGCAACGUUCGUCGGGACUCAAUCCAGCAGAGCUUGGAAUUCGCAGAAUUUGGAAUCUGCUAUUGAAACAUAGGCUCACGGAUUCUCUAUUCCACGCUGAUCGCAAAGAUCUGAAGACCUCGCGGGAAAAUGGCGGGUCUGUUUGGCCUAUCUUCAACUGCUCCGGCCACCAUGAUCGUUACCAGUACACCGGCGGCGGACCUUGCCCUUACUAAUCUUGCUUACUGCUCCGCUUCUGAUCUUCAAAACUAUGCGGUCCCUGGCACUAAGCUCUUUCUCGGGUUGGUUGGCGGUUCCUUUGUCCUCUCCCUCUCUCCUCAUGGAAGCAUAGGCAGUGGCCAUAUUGCCUUAAAUGCUAUUCAACGUCGUCAUGCCAGAGUUUCAACUGGGGACAGAAUAUCUGUGGCAAGAUUUAUCCCGCCAGAUGAUUUCAACCUGGCUUUACUCAGAUUGGAGUUGGAGUUCGUUAAAAAGGGGUCCAAAAGUGAGCAGGUCGAUGCUGUUCUCUUGGCUAAUCAAUUGAGGAAAAGAUUUAUCAACCAGAUAAUGACAGCAGGGCAAAGAGCUUCUUUUGAGUACCAUGGUACUAACUACAUCUUCACAGUUAAUCAAGCUGUUGUGGAAGGGCAAGAUACAUCCAAUAGUGUUGAAAGAGGGAUGAUUUCAAAUGAUACCUAUUUUGUCUUUGAAACAUCAAAUGGAAGUGGAAUAAAGAUCGUUAAUCAACGAGAAGCUGCUAGUAGUAGCAUUUUUCGGCAAAAAGAAUUUAAUCUUCAAGCACUUGGUAUUGGUGGAUUAAGUGAAGAGUUUGCUGAUAUAUUUCGAAGAGCUUUUGCCUCUCGUGUUUUCCCUCCUCAUGUGACCAGCAAGUUGGGAAUUAAACAUGUGAAAGGAAUGCUGCUAUAUGGACCACCUGGAACUGGCAAAACUCUUAUUGCACGUCAAAUUGGAAAAAUGUUGAAUGGGAGAGAACCAAAGAUUGUCAAUGGCCCUGAAGUCUUGAGCAAGUUUGUUGGGGAAACUGAAAAGAAUGUGAGAGAUCUUUUUGCUGAUGCUGAGAAUGAUCAAAGGGCCCACGGAGACCAAAGUGAGUUGCAUGUCAUCAUCUUCGAUGAAAUUGAUGCUAUUUGUAAGGCAAGGGGAUCAACUAGAGAUGGAACUGGAGUUCAUGAUAGCAUUGUCAACCAGUUACUCACGAAGAUAGAUGGUGUAGAAUCAUUAAACAAUGUGCUACUUAUUGGCAUGACCAACAGGAAGGAUUUACUUGAUGAAGCCCUUUUGAGACCAGGUCGCUUGGAAGUUCAGGUUGAAAUCAGCCUACCGGAUGAGAAUGGCCGUUUACAGAUUCUUCAAAUUCAUACUAACAAAAUGAAAGAAAAUUCUUUUAUUGCUCCUGAUGUGAACCUCCGAGAAAUUGCUGCUCGUACAAAGAACUACAGUGGUGCUGAAAUUGAAGGGGUUGUAAAAAGUGCAGUAUCAUACGCCUUAAAUAGACAAUUGAGUCUUGAUGACCUUACGAAACCAGUUGAUGAAGAGAGCAUUAAGGUUACAAUGGAUGACUUUCUGAACGCUGUCCAAGAAAUUAUUCCUGCUUUUGGUGCUUCAACAGAUGACCUUGAAAGAUGCAGGCUUAACGGUAUGGUGGAAUGUGGUGGACGACAUAAGCACAUUUAUGAAAGAGCAAUGCUACUUGUAGAGCAAGUUAAAGUGAGCAAGGGAAGUCCACUUGUUACUUGUCUUCUCGAAGGCCCUAGUGGCAGUGGCAAAACUGCAAUGGCAGCUACUGUUGGUAUCGACAGUGAGUUUCCAUAUGUCAAAAUUAUAUCAGCUGAGUCUAUGAUUGGCCUUCUUGAGAGCACAAAAUGCGCUAAGAUUGUCAAGGUUUUUGAGGAUGCAUACAAAUCUCCAUUGAGCAUUAUCAUUCUCGAUGACAUUGAAAGACUACUGGAAUAUGUUGCCAUUGGUCCUCGUUUUUCAAAUUUGAUGUCUCAAGCACUGAUGGUUCUUCUCAAACGACUUCCUCCCAAGGGUAAAAAGCUUCUGGUAAUUGGAACAACUAGUGAAGUGGGCUUUUUAGAUUCUGUUGGUAUUUGUGAUGCUUUCUCUGUCACCUAUCAUGUUCCGACAUUGAAAACAGAUGAUGCAAAGAAGGUGAUGCAACAACUGAAUGUCUUUGCUGAUAAUGAUGUGGAUGCUGCUGCGGAGGCUGUCAGUGAUAUGCCCAUCAAGAAGCUGUACAUGUUAAUCGAGAUGGCUGCUCAAGGUGAGCGUGGUGGAGGCGCAGAAGCAAUCUAUUCUGGCUCACAAAAGAUCAAGAUCUCUCACUUUUUCGACUGCCUCCAGGAUAUCAUCCGAUACUAGAUAGAUUGAGAUUCUUCUUUCAUUUGUUUUUCGCCUUAUAAUCAUAAUCUUUUCUUUUGAUACCUCUGGUGACGGGGCUUUGAUAAUUUUGAACUCCAUGGUUGCCGACUGCUAGCUCUGGUUGUUUUAUUGAGAUUGGUUGAGGUACGUGUAAGCAGAAAAUUUUUGAACUUUGGUACUCCACAGUACAGAAUGCCGAGGUAACCAAUUGCAACUGCCAUUGAUGGAUAGAAAUGGGAACUGAACUCAUUUUGUUGUUCAACCCAACUGCUGAUUUGAACAAUUGAACGUAUUAUUUAAUUUUUUAAUCAGAUUGUGAAUUGGAGUUA